CCGGUCCUCGUGGGGGUGGUUCUCGCAGAGACAGCGGACUCAGGACUGGUGUUGGCGCGCGUGCGGUGAAUUCUUUAGCGAGUCGACCUCACUUCCCGCCGGAUCAUGGCCACCGACUCGUGGGCCCUGGCAGUGGACGAGCAGGAAGCGGCUGUCAAGUCGAUGAGUAAUUUGCAAAUCAAGGAAGAAAAAGUCAAACCAGAUACCAAUGGUGUUAUUAAAACCAGUGCCACUGCAGAGAAAACAGAAGAAGAAGAGAAAGAGGACAGAGCUGCCCAGUCCUUACUCAACAAGCUGAUCCGAAGCAACCUGGUGGAUAACACAAACCAGGUGGAAGUCCUGCAGCGGGACCCGAACUCCCCGCUCUACUCUGUGAAGUCCUUUGAGGAGCUUCGGCUGAAACCACAACUUCUCCAGGGAGUCUAUGCCAUGGGCUUCAAUCGACCAUCCAAGAUACAAGAGAACGCAUUACCCAUGAUGCUUGCUGAGCCCCCGCAGAACCUGAUUGCCCAGUCUCAGUCAGGUACUGGUAAAACAGCUGCCUUCGUCCUGGCCAUGCUCAGCCGAGUGGAACCCGCUGAGAAAUACCCCCAGUGUUUGUGCCUCUCCCCAACAUACGAGCUGGCGCUUCAAACGGGAAAAGUGAUUGAGCAGAUGGGCAAAUUUCAUCCAGAACUCAAGCUUGCUUAUGCUGUUCGAGGCAAUAAAUUGGAAAGAGGUCAGAAGAUCAGUGAGCACAUUGUCAUUGGCACCCCUGGGACUGUUCUGGACUGGUGCGCCAAGCUCAAGUUCAUUGACCCCAAGAAGAUCAAGGUGUUUGUUCUGGAUGAGGCCGACGUGAUGAUAGCUACUCAGGGCCACCAAGAUCAGAGCAUCCGCAUCCAGAGGAUGCUGCCCAGGAACUGCCAGAUGCUGCUUUUCUCUGCCACCUUCGAAGACUCUGUCUGGAAGUUUGCCCAGAAAGUGGUCCCAGACCCAAACAUUAUCAAGUUGAAGCGCGAGGAGGAGACACUGGACACCAUCAAGCAGUAUUACGUGCUGUGCAAUAACAGAGAUGAGAAGUUCCAGGCCUUGUGUAACCUGUAUGGGGCCAUCACCAUCGCUCAGGCCAUGAUCUUCUGCCAUACCCGCAAAACAGCGAGCUGGCUGGCAGCAGAGCUCUCCAAAGAAGGCCACCAGGUGGCGCUGCUGAGUGGCGAAAUGAUGGUGGAGCAGAGGGCUGCGGUGAUCGAGCGCUUCCGAGAGGGCAAAGAGAAGGUGCUGGUGACCACCAACGUGUGUGCCCGCGGUAUUGACGUCGAACAGGUUUCUGUCGUCAUCAACUUUGACCUCCCCGUGGACAAGGACGGGAACCCGGACAACGAGACCUACCUGCACCGGAUCGGGCGCACAGGCCGCUUUGGCAAGAGGGGCCUGGCAGUGAACAUGGUUGACAGCAAGCACAGCAUGAACAUCCUCAACAGAAUCCAGGAGCAUUUUAAUAAGAAAAUAGAAAGACUGGACACGGAUGAUUUGGACGAGAUUGAGAAAAUAGCCAACUGAGACGCUCCACCAGUCACCAGUGCCCACCCCUGGCACUCCGCCUGCAUGGGAGACCAGUGCUUUCAUGGCACAGGCCUCGACAGUCACCACAAAGACAAAGACAGAGGAGAGAGAAACUACCUACCUCAUUUUAAAUUACGUUUGGACUCGACAAAAAUUGUGCAAAUGAUGGGGGAAGGUAGAAAGGAAAAUUUUGCAUUUUGGAAAAAGUAGUCCUCCCCCUGCCCCUCCCCACUUUUAAGCCAUGGUUUUUCCCUAUCUUUAUAAUAAUCUGGUCGCUAUGGAUAAUCGCGGAGCCUAGGAAUCCCUGCUUAUUUUGUCGGUGGGGAGAUAGGACCCGUCUCCUGCCCCUGCAGAAAUGGUAGAUGUAGAGUGCGAGAGAGACCUCAGCACAGGUGUGCGGGCCCCGCUGCACGGAUGGAGUGUCGGGAGCAGCAACGGAGAGACCGUGAGCUUCCCCCCUUCUCAGUCCCUUCCUGGAGACCUGCUGCCAAUGUCUCCUGCCCUUGGGGCCAUCUUCCUUCUAAAUGCAGUGACGUUUCAGCUGAUCCCUUUUACCUCUGUUCCCUGUGCCAGAGGACGUCCUUUUCUCUUUGGGUGAGCAUCUUGGGUACUUUUGUAAAUCUCCCAAUUUGGAGAGAAACACAGAAGUCAGUGAAUCUUCAGAAGGAUUGGUCUGGCAAGGGUAGAUGAACCCUUUCAGAAUCUAGGCCUUCCUUUUCCUGCUGUUGCUGUGUCUGCUCAGACACUGGUAAUCAGUCAUGGCACCCAAGAGACACCAGGUGAGUUUCUGACACACACCUGGCCAAGUGAGUCGGGUCUUAUCCACGGGGUGUCACACUGUGCCUGGAGGUGAGCAGCAGCGUUUGGAAAGGAAGUUAGGACCAAGUGGAAACUCUGAUAGUGCUCUCUAUCUGUAAUAGUGGACCUGUUGGCUACUUUAACUCAGAGGUCAUCUAUAUGCAUAAGGACAGAUAAAUUCGAGCUAUACCCAUCAUUCAUUAUGUUCAGAAAUUUUAAGGUAAUUAUGAAAGGCUUUACUAAUCAUGAUUCAUUUUUAUUUGUAUUUUUCUGCUAAUUAGACUAAUAUAUGCUCAUUAAAAAAGGUGUGUGUGUGUGUGUAUGUGUAUAUACAUACAUAAGGAGCAGGUGCUGUCUCUCCCCACCUCUCUGGAAUCACCAUUGCUGGCAUUUUGAUGAACAUUCGAUAAUAUUUCCUUCUGUUUACAUAUCGACGUUUUUACAAAAAUGUGAACAUCCUACUCAGGCUCUAGUGCACCGCGCCUUUUCACUCAGUAGCGUUAUCUUGGACAUGUGUCAUGUCCAGCACACAGGCAUAUGCAUUGCGUUCUUGGCUUCUCUAGUGACAGGCGCGGGAGGUGGCCACGGUGCCACGGCCCGCAGCCUCACUCACCUCUGCCCUGUGAAAGUCGCUGUAGGAUCUGUUCCUAGAAGUCCCGGUGCUGGGUCAGAGAGUGGAGACUUAAGGACGAUUUUAAUCCAUUCCCAAUUUACCCUACCAGAAAGUUUUUACCAAUUUACAUUAUUGUAGUGAUAACAAAAGUACCUAUUUUCUUUCCUGCUGGCCAAUCCUAUUGUCAAUUUUUACAAAUUUGCCAGUUCGAGUAGCAAAAAUAAAUGACAUCAUUGCAUUCUGUA